AUGAAUGAGAGCAAAUGCAUCACCCCGAACCUCCGAUGCAACGGCUUGAACGACUGCCAAGACGGCUCCGACGAACGCGACUGCCCCGAGUAUUGCAAGAGCGUCGGACUUCUCUCCUGCGUGACGGAAGGCGGCUGCCUGACGGAAGACAAAUGGUGCAACAUGAUUAUCGACUGCCCCGAUAUGUCCGAUGAGACUCAUUGUAAAGUCGAACUCUAUAAGAAGCAUGACGAAAUGUGUAACUGCGAACAAGUCUGCGUCCGCCGCCCCAAAGAUACCGAUUACUGCUACGAAAAGAAUUACGUCACCGGCGUCUUUGGCCGAACGAUAGCCGAAUCGAGGACUAAGGACAUGAGCGACCUGUUGCAGAUUUACACACCGGAUCAAGACGAGGUGAAAAAGUACGGGAUUAGAGCCAGAGAUUUCAUAACCAGCUGCAGUUUCGACAAUCGAGAUUGCUCCUGCAAGGAUUUCUACGAAUGGCGAAGCGACGACUAUGGAAAUUGCUUCACCUUCAACAGUCCAUUCUUGGAGAAGUACGUAGAAGACUCGGAAGGAAACUACGUGAAGCAAAAUGUGAUUCCACGCUACACGACGCAAUUCGGCUUUCAGGUCGAAUCUCUGAAUCUAAUAUAUAUAGACGAUCGUGACUCUAUUGACUGGCGCUAA